GCGCCUCGCCUCGCCUCGCCUCGCCAUGGCCGGGAUCCUGGAGUCGGUGGAGUCGUGCCUGGAGCGGCACCUCCCGCCCGAGGAGCUCUCCGAGGUGAAGCGGAUCCUGUACGGCGGCGAGGCAAGAAAACUUCAUUUGCCAGCUGCUGCUCUAUCAGCUGCUCAGGAAAGAGAUUUUGAGCUGCAGGGCUAUGGAUUUGAUGCCGAGCCAGAGCAAUUGAGAAGGCCACGUAUUGUUCGAGUGGGACUGAUACAGAACAAAAUUCCACUGCCCACAGACACAGCAGUGUCAGUCCAGGUGGCUGCACUGCACAGACGAAUUGCGGAGAUUGUGGAAGUAGCUGCACAAUCUGGGGUCAACAUAGUUUGUUUCCAGGAGGCUUGGACCAUGCCCUUUGCUUUCUGUACAAGAGAGAAGCUUCCUUGGACUGAAUUUGCUGAGUCAGCAGAGGAUGGGCCAACAACAAAAUUCUGUCAGGAGCUGGCAAAGAAAUACAGUAUGGUUGUGAUAUCUCCAAUCCUGGAGCGAGAUGAAACACACGGGGGAACUCUCUGGAAUACUGCAGUGGUCAUUUCUAGUUCUGGAGCUGUCCUUGGCAAAAGUAGAAAAAAUCACAUUCCAAGGAUUGGAGAUUUCAAUGAGUCUACUUACUAUAUGGAAGGAAAUACAGGACACCCAGUGUUUCAGACCCAAUUUGGAACAGUUGCUGUGAAUAUCUGCUAUGGGCGUCAUCACCCUCUGAAUUGGCUCAUGUUUAGUAUGAAUGGAGCAGAGAUCAUCUUUAACCCUUCAGCCACUGUUGGACAGCUCAGCGAGUCAAUGUGGCCAGUCGAAGCAAGAAAUGCUGCUAUAGCUAAUCACUGUUUUACGUGUGCCAUCAACAGGGUAGGAACGGAAUACUACAGAAAUUCCUUUACUUCUGGAGAUGGUGGAAAAGCACACCAUGACUUGGGCUACUUUUAUGGCUCAAGUUACGUAGCUGCACCAGAUGGCAGCAGGACACCAGGACUCUCUCGUGUUCGGGACGGACUUCUGGUGGUGGAGAUGGAUCUGAAUCUUUGCAGGCAAGUCAGUGACAAAUGGAAUUUUAAGAUGACCGGUAGAUAUGAAAUGUAUGCAGACAAGCUCACUGAAGCAGUCCAGCCUUGUUUUAUACCCAAUAUAAUCAAAGAGAGAGCAUCUCAUUAAUGUCAAAUAAAAAGGUACCAUGGGAUGAUAGCCUUACUGUGGAUCACAAGCUGUUAUUUUCAUGUUGUAAUUUUAAUUUCCUGUAAAUAACUUUCAAGUAGUAGAACUCAAACCUUUGUUAAGUAAAAUGAUUGCAAAAUA